GGACAGGGCUGGUGCUGCGUGCUGCGUGCAAAGCCUGCUGAGGUGAGGGUCCGAGGGGCGCUGUGCGCUGGUGCUUCGGCGUGCUGCGGUACCGAUGGCGGGUUUUGGGGCAAGCGUGACGAGGUGUUUCUUGUUCUCGUGCGGUGGUUUGUUGGAGCGUUUUUACCUUGUUGUUACGCUGUUUUGGAUUACGAAGUAGAGAUAAUUUGCGUCUGGCAUUGGAUUGAAGAGAUAGUUUUGGGUCACAAUAAGAGUUUUUUGUGUUAGCAGAGGCAAAAUGGAAGAGGACGAUUUUUCGGAUAUCCAGAUCCCAGAGUCACGGGUUCUGAUAAUUAUCACGGGUGGCACGAUAUGCAUGCGCAAGUCCAAAGAUGGGCUUGUUCCCGCCAAAGGCUUCUUGAAGUCAGGUCUUGCACCGCGGCCCGUGUUCAACGACGGCUCAUAUCCGGAACCCCUGGAGAUUGUGACAGAUGCAAAGGGCACGCGCAAGGCAGUCCAGAGCUUACGCACACCCGUGAGCACAUACGAGCGCCGUGUCCGUUACUGUGUGCUUGAAUUUGAGAAGCUGUUGGACAGCAGCUCGAUCAACGCGCAGGACUGGGAUCAAAUCGCGAGGACUGUGCAGGGGAAUUAUCAGCUCUUCGAUGGCUUCGUCAUCCUCCACGGCACAGAUUCGCUGGCCUAUACAGCAAGCGCGUUAAGCUUCAUGUUCCACAACCUAGGAAAGCCCGUCAUCUUGACUGGUAGUCAGGCACCGAUGAUGGAGCUGCAGACGGACGCCCAGGAUAACCUGCUCAACUCGCUGAUCAUCGCGGGGCACUUUAUGAUACCGGAAGUCUGCCUGUUCUUCAACUUUAAGCUGUUCCGAGGCAACCGUUCAAAGAAGAUUUCAGCCGAGAGUUUCGAUGCGUUCGGCAGCCCGAACAUGGUGCCAUUGGCUACCGUGUCGUCCACCCGAACGAAUGUCCUCUGGCAUAGGGUUCAUCGGUCAACGGACCUCAAUCCCUUCAGCAUCCAGGAGAAUCUGGACACAGCACACGUCGUGGUGCUCCGUGUCUUUCCCGGCAUGACACCAGCUAUGGUGGAUGCGGUGCUUCAUCUGGAAGGUCUCAAGGGUCUUAUCUUUGAAACCUUCGGGGCCGGCAAUGCACCUGCGGGACCCGAUGGCGCCAUGGUGCGUGUUCUUGGAGAUGCGGUGAAGAGAGGGGUUGUGAUUGUGAAUGUAACGCAGUGCCUGAGCGGGAAUGUCAGCCCGACUUACGCGCCGGCUACGAUUCUAGGUCGGGCUGGGGUUGUCUUUGGUCAGGAUCUGACGACAGAAGCGGCCCUGACAAAGCUGGCUUAUCUGCUGUCAAUUCCCAACGCAACGCCUGCAGAUGUCGCACGACAAAUGAUGAUCUCGAUUCGCGGGGAGCUGACCGAAGCCACACGCACGCACUUCGAGCACCCCCAGAAGAGCGGCCUGAUGACCCCAGAGUUGACAAGUCUGACGGCUCUCGGGUACGCAAUCCAGAAAGGAAACCUGCAGGAAACAAAGGAUAUCAUUAGGAGCGAGCCUCGUUGGCUUCUGAAUGACGCAGACUACCAGGGCUAUACCCCAGUUCACCUCGCAGCGACGUGCAACAACGUCGAAAUCCUCCGCGACUUCCUCGCCCAGGGAGCCUCGGUUCAUCUUCGCAACCGGGCGGGCAACACCCCGCUUUUCUUAGCUGCCGCAGCAGGGUUGAAGGAGCACGUACAGACUCUGAUCGAUGCCGGCGCACAUCUUCACUCUGAGGAGCUGAGUGCAGCAAAGCUGCAUGCAGGAGAGGGCGACGGCAACGCUGAGGCCUGGCGGCUUGUCAUUGGCUGAAGCGCGCCGCAGCCUGCAUGCUGCAGAUGAUGGGAAAUCACUGGGAAACCACGGGGAAUUGUGUCUCUUUUGGGCACGCAAGGCACUCGUUUUGGCCGCUGCGGUGACUGACGCAUGGCGUUCCAAGAUGUCGCCAUGUCGGGCGCCGCAGUCUCCAGGGUCUGGUGACGCACUACUGGGCUACUGGGAUCUGCCCGACGUCG